UAUUUUUAUGGAUUUCGGGUUACAACUUCUACAUCAUAUAGGUUGAUAAUAUAGUGACAUGUGAACGUAUUCGCUUUUAUUGGGAUUUUAAACAUUGCAGUGUUACACAUUUCAGAGAUUUGAGUAAUUCAGUUUAUGUAGGUAGAAGUGGUAAAAUGGUGAUUCCUCCUCCACCCAGAAUGCCUGAAAACGGCAACUAUGCACCAGGACCGGCGAUCGUCAAUGAACCUCCUUCUUCGUUCUUGAUUGUUAUGAAUAUCACCAAUAUUAUAACACAGCUGCUCCUGGGAGCAGUAACAUGCUGUGCCAUCAUUACGGCUAACUUUUACUUACCGUUUAAUGGGACUGCGUUCUCAACUCAUAUAUACUUGUGUGUUAUUGGGUAUGUGGUUCUAAUGACCCAAGCAAUCCUGUCCUUGAGUCCUUUCACGGGCUGGUCGAAUACAUUCAAGCACCAGGAUAAGAAAACCAUUCACUUGGUGAUGCAAAUUAUUGGGUCAAUCCUCGCUAUCACUGGCAGUAUGAUAAGAAUAUUUAAUGUGGCAGCUCACUUUCAGUCCGCUCAUGGAUCUCUUGGUAUCCUCGCUUUAAUCUUCACCUGCUUGAGCCUGAUCGGUGGUGUCGCUAAUUUGUACUCUCAUAGAUUAGGAGUAGACCCGAAAUUUAUUAUAAUUGGACAUGCCUGCUUUGGCUGUAUCACUAUCAUACUACCGUUCCUAGCCUUAAUUUUUGCUUUUGAUAGCAAUUUAUAUAGGGGUACGUUCCCACAAACAGCUAAUAUGGCAAUAACAUUCACUGUUCUAGCUUUAGUAGGAACUUUAAUGGCCGCCUGUUUAAAUAUGGUAAGGAGGUUUAAGUAAUGCAGUUUUAGUUUUAUAUUUUGUUGACAAAACUGUUAUAUUGACAAUGAUAGCUGUUUUGAUCAUAUUUUUUUAGGUAUAAGUAUUUAUCAAUCACAUCGAGAUGAUAUCAAACUUUUUUACAUCUACUGUAAAUAAGUUUUGCAAUUAUUUCAUGUGAUUUCAAUUAGGAUAAUAGAUUAUUUUAAGGGCUUUGGGAACCUUGCUAUAAAAUUUUCGGCGACAAUAGAUAUCGUAAGUGUAGCCACACCAUUUGGUGAUCAAAAUAUAUUUUUGUCAUAGAUAAACUAAGCUAAAUCAGCUCUACACCUUUUUGCCAAUACUUAAAGGUCUAGCGAAUCUACAAGCAAUAAAAAAAAUAUUACUAACCCUAACUAUUUUCUUCAGGUUAACUCUUGGUCUGAAGCUUUUAACGAUUCCUAUUUAAAUGUUCUUUUUAUUACUUAUUAUUAAAAACUACUUACAUAUAAAAAAGUAUUGUAAAGGAACUUUUUACGUUUAUUUGUGACAUAAAAUACAGAAACUUAGUAAAUACUUCUGUAUGGGAAUAUCAAAUAAUAAUUUAAAGAAAAUUCAUUAUAAUGAAGCCUGUGAAAUAAUGAUAAAUGAGAAAAAUAGUAAGUUAUCUAUUUACGUUUUACACUGAAUCCGCUAUACGUUAGCCAUCUAGGUAAGGGAUAGGAACUAAACUAGGGUCCCUACACCCUUAAGUUUGUUGAGAAAAGUCUGAUAUAAGUAUCAAUAAUACCUUAGUACUUCACUAAGGUACUACAUAAUUCUUUUUUACCGUUAUAAAAGUAGAAGAUAUAUUUCACCUUAAGUGAUAUCAUUAUUUACCAAAUUUAUAUUUUUACUUGUAACUACAAGUUAGGAACUUACUAUCUCUAAGAAAUAAAACCACAAGAUGUUUUGUCUUCUCAA